AUGGAUGGCAUUACGCAGUCUUCUGAUAGCAGCAAAGAGGCUAGACAGCCUAGCGUUGCUCACAGCGAGGAGCCAAAUGACCAUCGUCUCUUCGAUAUUGAAGCCCGAGAUCGCAACAACCUGAAUGCGAUCUUUGAGAACCCGCUCCGGGGUGUCUCACGCGAUGAGCUGUUCAAAAAGGUCGAUGAGUUCUGCAAGAAAUAUGAUUUAGAGGAGCACAAUGACCUCUUUCGCAGAGGCGCCCUCAUCUCUCAAGAUCCAUCGCGGGUGGAAACAAUGCCCGAUUUGAGCGAGGAUGACCGCGACGCCUUGCGACGCGAAACAACCCACAAAUGGUCACAGCCCUGGAUGCUUUAUUUCAUGGCGACCAUGUGUUCUAUGGCCGCUGCUGUGCAGGGAAUGGAUGAGACUGCCAACAACGGGGCUGUUGUUAUUUACCCCAAGCUCCUUGGUAUAGAAUCCGAUCGCUUCUCUCCCCAGAUGCAAGAUAAUAUCACCGGCCUCGUCGUCGGUGCUCCGUAUCUGGCCUGCGCGAUCCUGGGUUGCUGGCUCACCGAACCCCUAAACAGACUUUUUGCCCGACGCGGCACCAUUUUCAUAUCAUGUGUUAUUGCUGCCGUGGCUUCAAUCUGGGAAGGUGUGGCCAACUCUUGGGUCAAUCUCUUCCUCGCCCGCUUUGUUCUCGGUCUCGGCAUCGGCUCCAAGUCCUCGACUGUUCCUGUCUACGCCGCUGAAUGCGCGCCGGCUCCCAUUCGUGGCGCCCUGGUCAUGCAGUGGCAGAUGUGGACGGCAUUCGGUAUUAUGUUAGGUAAUAUCAUGGGUGUUGCAUUCAUGGGCGUGGAAGAAGACCUAAGCUGGCGCCUCAUGCUUGGCAGUACGGUUGUCCUCCCUAUCAUUGUAUGCGCCCAAGUUUACUUCUGCCCGGAGUCUCCUCGCUGGCUCAUCGAACACGACAAAAUACCCGGCGCGUUCAAGUCCUUCCGGCGUUUGCGCAACACAGACCUGCAGGCCGCACGGGAUCUCUACUAUGCCUAUGUUGGGGUUGAGCUUGAGCGGAAGGUCAACAAGGGCAAGAACUUUUUUACAAUGUUCGCAGAACUCUUCACUGUCCCCCGCAACCGUCGUGCAACUCUCGCUAGCUGGAUCGUCAUGUUUCUUCAACAAUUCUGUGGAGUGAAUGUGAUCGCCUACUACUCAACCACGAUCUUUGCGGAAUCCGGAUAUAGUAUCCAGGAGGCACUUCUCGCGUCGAUGGGAACCGGUAUUCUGAACUGGGUAUUCGCAAUCCCAGCCUUCCUGACUAUUGACACGUGGGGACGACGCAAUCUCCUCCUAUUCACGUUCCCCUGGCUUGCUAUAUGUCUCUUAUGGGCUGGAUUCUCCUUUUGGAUUGAACCAGACAACCCGACAAGUAAAGCGCGGGUCGCAAUGGUCACCACAGGCAUGUACCUCUUUGAAGUCUUCUACUCGCCCGGAGAGGGCCCGGUGCCGUUCACAUACUCUGCCGAGGCAUUCCCACUACAUGUACGAGAGGUCGGCAUGUCAUGGGCUACCGCGACUACGUGGUGCUUCAAUUUCAUUCUCUCGUUUACCUGGCCGAUGCUGUUGCGGGCAUUCAAGCCGCAGGGGGCCUUUGGUUGGUAUGCAGCGUGGUGUGUGAUUGGUUGGUUCUUAGUACUGUUAUUCGUGCCGGAAACAAAAGAACUCACACUCGAGGAACUUGAUCGCGUCUUCUCGGUCUCUACGCGCCACCAUGCGACUUACCAGAUAAGGAACGCGAUCUGGCACUUCCGGACCUGGAUCCUGCGUCAGAAGCUCGAGCCGCUACCGAAGCUGUACGAGCUGGACGAAGUGAACCCCGAGAGAAGGGAGUCAACGGAGCCGGCGGGGUCACCGGCGGGAUCUGUUGAACAUGCGCAACAGACGACCGAGAAGAGGGCGAAUGGAUCAUGGCCGGCGGAGUAG